AUGGCGGCGGUGGCCCGCGCCUCCGGCUCACCCGCGAAGCGCGACGCGAAGGCCUCCUCCGCCUCCUCUUCCUUCCUCGCCUCCCCACGGGGCGGCGGUGACGGCUGCAAGGACGGCGUGCUGCGCUCGUCCCCUCCGCUCCACCAGAGGUACCCACUCCCUGUCCCCAUCCGCGCCCCGCUCGCGCUCGAGGACCCCCGAUCGCCAUCGGCCCUGGCCUCCUUCCGGAUCCUGCUCGCCAUCCUCACCUGCCUCCUCCUCGGCGCGCUCGUGUCCGCCCCCUGCGUCUGGUCGCACGUCGUGAAUCCUUGA